GACAACCCCUCUGACAUCGUCACAGCGUAGUAUUUAGUGAAUUAUGGCGGAAGUUCGGAAACGUCAACAUGUGCAAAUUGAAGGGAAAACCUCGGAUAAAAGCUCAGUAUCCAAGAAUGACAGUAAAGGGAUGAAGAGCGUGAGGUCAGCCGUGUUUCUGAAGCUUUUUGCUGCCGGAUUUUACGGGCUGAGCUCGUUUUUAAUCGUUGUUGUGAACAAAAGCGUCCUCACCAGUUACAGAUUCCCCUCAUCAACAUGUGUUGGGAUCGGUCAAAUGCUGGCUACAGUACUAGUACUAGGAGCUGCAAAGGCAAUAGGUGUCAUCACAUUUCCAGGUUUGGACAGGAGCAUACCAAACAAGAUGUUUCCCCUACCGCUUCUGUAUGUUGGGAAUCAGGUGUCAGGACUCCUAGGAACCAAGCGACUCAAUCUACCCAUGUUUACAGUUUUAAGAAGAUUCUCUAUUUUGUUAACCAUGUUGGCUGAAGGAAUCCUACUGAAAAAGACAUUCUCUGGGCCUAUCAAGGCAACCGUGUUUGCCAUGAUCUUUGGAGCCUUUGUAGCUGCGAGCACCGAUUUGGCCUUUGAUCUUCAAGGCUAUGUUUUCAUAAUGCUCAACAAUGUUCUGACUGCAGCCAAUGGGGCCUAUGUGAAGCAGAAACUUGACUCCAAGGAGCUUGGCAAAUAUGGGCUGCUGUAUUACAACGCUUUAUUUAUGAUCAUCCCUACAGUGGCAUAUGCACAUUUCGCCGGGGAUCUACAAAUGGCAUUGGAGUUUGAAGGGUGGUCGGACAUGCUGUUUUUGUUCCAGUUUGUGCUUUCCUGUGUUAUGGGCUUUGUUUUAAUGUACUCCAUUGUGCUUUGCACUCAGCACAACUCUGCAUUGACCACCACCAUAGUGGGCUGUAUUAAAAAUAUUUUAGUCACGUAUCUUGGAAUGGUCUUUGGUGGAGACUAUAUUUUCACUUGGGUCAACUUCAUUGGAUUAAAUAUCAGCAUUGCUGGCAGUCUGGUGUACUCCUACAUCACAUUCACAGAUGAACAAUCAAAAAAACCUUAAUGGGGGUGCCACUGGAAGGUUGGAGCUGGACUUUGUAAGACGUACGUGUAUGUCGAAAAUUGAUUUACCUUUGGCCACUAUUUCAACAUUUUCUUAAUCAUACUAUCGCAAGACUGAAUCAGUUUUAUUGAAGAUUUGUGCCUAAUCAAGUAAAUGCAGUAACUAUGGCCGGAAUUCAAUAAGACACAGUACUGUAAAUGUUUUUCCUCUUGAGCCAACAUCUGCUAUCUUCAAACUUCUGGGAAAUUGCCUUUUGUUGGUUCUGCAAUGUACUUGUUGACAAUGUGCCUCUGAUUCUCGACUUGUUUAUUCACAUUGCCACAACAUUUUUUUACACUAUGCAGUGAGCCAUUUGAUACUUUGUUUAUUCAAAAAUGUUUCUGUGAACCUAAUUUCUAAGCAAAGCGCUUGACAUUUUUUACUAUGUUCAACAUUGUAAACCUCAAAUGUUGGUUACAUGCAUAUUUCAACAUUUGAAAUAUUGCUAGGUUUAAUUUCCUGUCACACUGGUGAGAAAUGUAUGAAAACUUCCCCACAUAAUUGAAAUCAAUUUUAUCAUUAGUGCCUAUUUUGCAGUUAGGCCACAGUAAAAACAUGAAAUAAUAGGUCACCAGUCUGAAUACAUUUAUUAAAUAUAGCCACUGUUGUCACAGCC